CAUUACCACACGUAUCGGCAAGACAACAGACACAACUCAGCGCCCCGAUACGAGAUCGAGUGGUGAGUCGUUUCGGAAGGUUUUCACGGACGAACAUGUCUUCAUCACGCAGCUUGCGCGCCUGCAUGGUCUGCUCUAUCGUCCUGCCACAAGCGAAGUUCAACCGCGAAGGAUGUCCAAACUGCGAAGGCUUUCUCGAGCUCAGGGGCAGCAGUGAUGCGAUCAUGGACUGCACGAGUCCCGUAUUCGAAGGUCUCAUCACCUUGGCGGACCCGGAAGCGAGCUGGGUGGCAAAGUGGCAGAGACUGCAAGGUUAUGUGCCCGGCACGUACGCGGUGAAGGUGGUCGGCAUAGUAAGUCCGUGGAGUAAGUAAGUGAAGGGCACGACUCUGAUGAUGGCAGCUACCCGAGGACUAUGUGAAUGCCGCAGAGGGUGCUGGAGUUCAAUACAUCCCGUAAGUGCUCACUUGGAUUUGUCCGAACAGCAAUGACUUGGCUAAUAACAAAUAGGAGGGAUGGCAGCAACCCCACGGAUGAGCAAUAGGGGUAGAAUUUAACAUGACUGUUUCGAAGCGUUCAA